AUGACGGAGCAGAGUCUCGCUAGCGGUGGAAAGCCGUGGCUCCUGACGGGCAUCGGCCAGCGCCCCAAGGUGGUGCUGACGUCGCCCGCCGCCUACGAAGACGUGUUCAAGACACAGUUCGACGUGUUCGUGCGCGGCCCGGGUGAGACGGUGCUGGAGGUCCUGGGCCAAGGCAUCUUCAACGUGGACGGCGACAAGUGGCGUCACCAGCGCCGAGUCACGAGCCACCUCUUCUCCAUGCACAUGCUCAAGGACUGCAUGAAAUCCGUGGUCCGGGAGAAAACCGUCCAGCUGCGAGAAGUGCUGGCCACGUGUGCGGAGCGCGGCCAAACCGUCAGCAUGAAGUCGCUGCUCAACAAGUUCACAGCCGACACGUUCACGCGCAUCGGCUUCGGCGUGGAUCUCAAUGGCCUGGCCGACCCGGUGGACGUGGACACGUCGCAGCCGCUGGACACCGCUCUUGGGGUGGUGCAGACGCGGCUGCAGAGCCCCGUGUGGCUCUGGAAGCCGCGCCGGUUCUUCAACGUCGGCAGCGAGCGCGUGAUGCGGGAGAAUAUGCAGCAAGUGCAGGACACGGUGCAGAAGAUCAUGGCCAAGUCCCUGGCCGACAAGGAGCACCAAGCGAACGGAGAGGAAGCCACGACCAGCUCGAAGCACAAGGACCUCAUGAGUCUCAUGUUGCAGUCCGGAGACUUCACCGACCCCCGCGAAGUUCGCGACAUAUGCGUGAACUUCUACGCCGCUGGGAAGGACACGACCGCCUUCAGUCUGUCAUGGUUCAUCGUCAUGAUGAAUCGACACCCGCGCGUGCUCUGCAAAGUGCGUGAGGAGCUGCGUCGUGUGGCCCCGGAAUUGUUCACGGGUGAGCUGGACACGCCCACGCUGGGGCAUCUGCAGCAGUUGACGUACCUGGAGGCGGCGCUGAAGGAGAGUCUGCGGCUCAACUCGCUGGCCGUCUAUCGCCUGGCCAACCGAGACACAACGCUGAGUGACGGCACUUUUGUCCCCAAGGACGCGCGCGCUGUGUUCUCCAUGUACGCGUCGGCCCGUCAGCCAAGUGUAUGGGGAUCUGACGCUGCCGACUACAAUCCGGGGCGCUGGAUCGACGAGGAAACGGGCAAGCUUUCGUCCUUCAAGUUCGUGACGUUCAGCGCCGGCCCGAGACAAUGCAUCGGCAUGCGUCUGGCCAUGAUGGAGAUGAUGACGGUGCUGUCGGUGGUCUUCAGUCGCUUCGACCUCGAGACGGUGGUGGACCCCCUCGACAUCACGUACGACUUCUCUCUGGUGCUGCCCGUGAAGGGGUCGCUGGCUGUGCGCGUUCACUCGUUGUCGGCGCACAUGGCGUGA